AUGUCGGUUGAGUCGCUGGUCUUUUGUGUGUCGCGAAGAAUUUGGAGGAAUGAUGAGGUAAGUUUUUGCUAGUUUAUUUAAAAUAAAAAAAAAAAAGUUUGCAUCAGCCCGAUGCGGGGCUCGAACCCGCGACAGCCAGAUUAAGAGUCUGGUGCUCUACCGACUGAGCUAACCGGGCGCACGAAUCAUCUGGUGGCAAUGCCAUUGACAACCACGUGUCUAUCUCUCAAUUUCUCUUUUUUUUAUGUGUGUGAAAAUUUUGACAGAGAAAAAAUGAAAGUGAUUUUUUGAGGACUGGAGUGAUCGUUUACAUACAACUGUCACAUCGAAUAUUCUCAUUGGCUUGGCUGGUUUGGUUGCUGCAAAAUCAUGGAACGACUCACCCAUUGAAUGUAUUGUACCGGCAAUGUUUUCAUCAAGCACAGCCACGGUAUGA